AUGGUUUCAUCCUCAUCACUAUCGGAGUCACUUACUGGUGAUUUGAACGUCAUUUGGGGAUCUGCUCCCACCUCUUCCCUGAAUAUGGGUGCUUGGGUGAUCUCAACUUUAUGGGUGAGUGGGUCGUAUGCUUUGUAUCCUGCCAUGUCUCUGGGAUAUCCCAAGAAUUUCAUAGGGUGGCCCCGCUCUCCAAGUUUCUGUGCCCCUAGGUCUUUUGGUCUAUGGACGAACAUGUCAGAGAACCAUACUCGCAUGUGGGAGAUGUUGGGCUUAUUUCCAUGGAACCAUUCGAAUGGUGUCAGUGAGUCUGGGCGGUGUCAUAUCCCGGAAUCCCGACCCCGCGUACUCCCACCACACCACACCUUCCUAACAACUUCACCAUCCCCUACACCAUGCCUCCCCACUCCCCAAGUCACCUUCCCUCCUGACUGUCUCAGCUCCGGUCUGGUUGCGGCACACCGAACCUUGGCCACUCCCAUCCCGGAAGCUCGGUCCCGAGUUGGAACAUUCGGAGACCCCGGAUUUGCUCUGAUAUCCCGACAGACCUCCGAUAUCCCGAGACAUGCCCUUAAACCAUUCCUCCACCCAUUUCAUUUAUUGGAGUCACCUAACAUCCUUCGGAUACGCAACUCCGUGUUACGGGAAUGGGUUCUGGGGAACCCAACCUGA